AUGUCGCGUUGCGCACGGAUGACGAGUUCGCUCGUUGCUGGAAAAACUUAUUGAUCGAUUUCCAUUUUAUUUCGGUUUCGUCGCCGCCGAAGUCCGUUCGCCGGCGAAUGCGGCGGAUCUAGUUAAUAGUUUGGUUUUAUUUUUCCGUGAAUUGUGAUAGAAAACCCAUCAAAAUGGGGUCGUUGUUCCGAAGUGAGGAAAUGACUUUGUGUCAACUUUUUCUUCAGAGUGAAGCAGCUUAUGCUUGCGUGUCCGAACUCGGAGAAUUAGGACUUGUGCAGUUCCGUGAUCUAAACCCAGAUGUCAAUGCGUUCCAACGGAAGUUCGUCAAUGAGGUGCGACGGUGCGAUGAAAUGGAACGCAAGCUUCGCUACCUCGAGAAGGAGAUCAGGAGGGACGGCAUCCCCAUGUUGGAGAUACCCGGGGAAGUGCCCGAAGCGCCUCAGCCCAGGGAAAUGAUUGAUCUUGAGGCCACAUUUGAAAAGCUGGAAAAUGAGCUUCGCGAAGUGAACCAGAAUGCGGAAGCCUUGAAGAGGAACUAUCUAGAGCUCACUGAGCUGAAACACAUACUAAGGAAGACGCAAGUAUUCUUCGACGAGCACGAGGGUGGGGCCAGUACCACUGAGUCGAUGACGCGGGCCCUGAUAUCCGACGACCCCAACCGACAUAUGGGACAGGUCCAACUAGGUUUUCGGGAUAAACAAGAAUCCUUGGAAUUCCUGCCUUGUUUCGUUGCGGGUGUAAUUCUGCGAGAGCGUAUUCCGGCUUUUGAGCGCAUGCUGUGGCGAGCUUGCCGUGGAAACGUUUUCCUCAGGCAGGCCGAGAUCGAUACACCACUAGAAGACCCUUCUUCGUCGGACCAGGUGUACAAAUCCGUGUUCAUCAUCUUCUUCCAAGGAGACCAGUUGAAGACCCGUGUCAAGAAGAUAUGCGAGGGAUUCCGAGCGACUCUGUACCCUUGCCCCGAGGCCCCGGCGGACAGGAGGGAGAUGGCCAUGGGAGUUAUGACCAGGAUCGAGGACUUGAAUACGGUCCUCGGACAAACUCAAGACCACCGACACCGAGUGCUGGUCGCAGCGGCCAAGAACAUCAAGAACUGGUUCGUCAAGGUGCGCAAGAUCAAGGCCAUCUACCACACCCUGAACCUCUUCAACCUGGAUGUGACGCAGAAGUGCCUGAUCGCUGAAUGCUGGGUUCCCGCUCUGGACAUGGAGACCAUCCAACUAGCUCUGAGGAGAGGAACGGAGAGGAGUGGUAGCUCCGUGCCGCCUAUCUUGAAUCGUAUGGAGACGCUGGAGGACCCGCCCACGUACAAUCGGAUGAACAAGUUCACCUCCGCCUUCCAGAACCUCAUCUAUGCUUACGGUGUCGCCACAUACCGGGAGGUCAAUCCAGCGCCAUACACGAUCAUCACGUUCCCGUUCCUGUUCGCGGUGAUGUUCGGCGACCUGGGCCACGGCGCCAUCAUGGCGGCCUUCGGCUUCUGGAUGUGCUACAAGGAGAAGCCGCUGCAGGCCAGGAAGAUCGACUCGGAGAUAUGGAACAUCUUCUUCGGCGGUCGCUACAUAGUUCUGCUCAUGGGUCUAUUCUCCAUGUACACCGGCUUCAUCUACAACGAUAUCUUCUCCAAGAGUCUCAACAUAUUUGGCUCUGCAUGGCGCAACAACUACAACGAGAGUACGCUGCGUGAGAACAACGCUCUGCAGCUCAACCCGGACUCCAAAGACUACCUGCAGUCUCCCUAUCCCUUCGGCAUUGACCCUGUGUGGCAGUUGGCUGAAGCAAACAAGAUUAUCUUCAUGAACGCGUACAAGAUGAAAAUCUCCAUCAUCAUCGGCGUCUUCCACAUGUUAUUCGGCGUGUGUCUGUCCUUGUGGAACCAUCUGUACUUCAAGCGGCGCAUCAGUGUGUACGUGGAGUUCGUGCCUCAGAUCCUGUUCCUCAUCCUGCUGUUCUUCUACAUGGUGCUGCUGAUGUUCAUCAAGUGGACCAGCUACGGACCCUCGCCUCCCGACUUCAAUGACGUAAGGACGAGCGGCUACUGCGCGCCGUCGAUUCUGAUCACGUUCAUCAACAUGAUGCUGUUCAAGUCGGACCCCAACACGCGCCCGGAGUGCGAUGAUACCAUGUUCGCUGGACAGAUGGGCCUGCAGAAGUUCUUCGUGAUCGCGGCGCUGAUGUGCGUGCCGGUGAUGCUGUUCGGGAAGCCCUACUACAUCAUGAAGGAGCAGAAGGCCCGCGCCAGCCAAGGCCACCAAAGCAUCGAGGCGACUGCUGAGAAUGGCACCGCUGGGGGAGCUCCCGUGCCCGCUUCUGGGCAUCACGACGAGGACAUCACAGAAGUCUUCAUCCACCAGGCCAUCCACACGAUCGAGUACGUGCUGGGCAGCGUCUCGCACACGGCGUCGUACUUGCGUCUGUGGGCGCUGUCGCUUGCGCACGCGCAGUUGGCCGAGGUCGCCUGGAACAUGCUGCUGAGGAAAGGUUUGCAGUCGCAAGGUUAUGAAGGCGGGAUAUACCUGUACGUGGUGUUCGCUGGCUGGGCAGCCAUCUCUGUUUCCAUCCUUGUCCUCAUGGAGGGGCUGUCUGCUUUCCUGCACACGCUACGAUUGCACUGGGUGGAGUUCCAGAGCAAAUUCUAUGCGGGUGAGGGAUACCUCUUCCAGCCCUUCUCCUUCGAGAUCAUUCUAGACUCCGCCGGGCAGGCCGAGGAGUAAACACUGCACUACUUACGCUAUUAUGAGCUUUAUUGCGUCAGUAUUAAAGUCUCUUUUGCCUCGGCAAUAUUAGAAAAUUAUAACUUGUUAAUAUUUAUUCUGUCGUCGUAAAAUAUAUCUUAAAUGGUACAGAUUAGGGUUCAAAGUAUAUUAUCAUGUAAAUUACAAUAGAUACUUAAAUGCUAGCUCGGUACGUUAUUGAGCUUCAUUGCAUCAUUGUAUUAGAGUAAUUUUUGUCUUGGCAAUGUUAGACAGAACUUGUUCUAUUUAUUCUAUCGUCGUAAAAUAUACCUUAAAUGGUAACUAUUAGGGUUCAAAAUAUAUUUAAUCAAGUGUAGAUAAAAUGGAUGUACCAUAAAUUCUUGCUCUGUACAUGAUUGUGAGCUUUAUUGUCUUAUUAUAUUAAAGUCUUUUUUGCAUUGGCAAUGUUAGACACAUAGAACUUGUUACUAUUUAUUCUAUCGUCGUAAAAUGUACCUUAAAUGAUACUAUUAGGGUUCAAAAUAAAAAGUAGUUGAGAUAAUAACUUUGUAUGAUGUCACCUUAAACACCCUUUCUAUCAGUAGAUUAUACGCUUAGGACUUAUUGUAUUAGAGUCCUUUUCGCCUUGGCAAUGUUAGAAUCUUAUAACUUGUGACUAUUAAUUCGAUCGUCGUGAAAUAGAUCUUAAAUACAUAGGUAUUAUAUAGAUAUUCUAAUGUCCUUCAGAUCAUUUAGAUGUUUCCUUCCACGUAUAAUAAUAAUAAUUUAAGGGUACUCAAGCUAUUCACUCUUGACUUUAAUGCUGAGAUCGCACUUUGAUUUUGCUCAGACUUAAGACAUUGUUAAAACGAGACAGUGUUAUAUCCUUGCAUAAAACCGUCUCGUUUUAACCGAAACUUAAGUCUAAGUAAAUUCAAAGUGCAGUCUAUGGAUUUCAACCUAUGAGUGCCCUCCGAGGUCAUUCCCAAGUCGAGUGUGAGCGCAUGCUGUUCCAAUCAACAUUUACCGGUGGGACACACUCAAGAGUGAGAUGGACGAUGUUUGAACAAGCCUAAAGUAAAAAGUAGUGGUACAGCUGUAUAGAGAAUUAUAUUGGUAGAAAACUUAUGUGAAGUAAAUAAAAUUAAUCAAUGUUUUUCUAUUUCUUUUUUAUAUAAUUUCAUUUUGUAAGUUCAAUGUACUUAAAAAGCUGUUUUUGAAUUUUGUUUUAAAUCCGAGGCUCUCUUUACGUGUAUAAUAGCGAAACUUUUUAGAGAUUUUUUCCAUAUAUUAACGAUAAAAUAAUAAAUACGGAAAAUAAAUGUUGUAACUCUGUAGCCCGUGUUUAUGGAAGUAGGACAGUGAAAUUAACUUCUGGUUAAAUAAAUAUAUUAUAUUCGUAGCAAAUA